GUCAAUUAACGGAUUUGUAUCAGACCGUAUCGUAUUUUAAAUUAUUAUAGUUCCGAUUCUUAAGUAAAAAAUAAAUAAUACAAUAUAAAAUAAAUAAAUAAUUAAAAUAAGAAAUUAUUAAUUUUCAUAAUGUUUUAGCACUUUAAAUAAUGAAAUAAAUUUGAAUUUAAUAAUUGAUUCGCGUAUCAGAAAUAAUAAGAAAAAUAUAACUGCAAAUCUGGAAUUUUGGCGAAUUUAUAUUUAUAUCAUUGAUAUGAUGUCAACAGAAGAACGGAAAUCUCGACUAUCUGUUUUAAAAUUUAUGGAAUUGGUUCGAAAAUUUAUUCUAUUAGCUUUCUCAAUAACUUGUUUAACAUUACAUUUUUAUAGUUACAAUGAUGGUGAUAUUAUGACUUCAUUUUUAGCAACUGGAACAUUUACUGGAUUUAUUUUAAUAGUGCUUGGUGUUUUUGCAGGCGUAUUAAUGAAAGCUCCAAUUCACAAAAGGAUAGAUGUAUUUUUUAGUGUAGUCGGAUGUUCAUUGUUCAUUUGUUCUGGUGUUUUAUUAAUUGAAGCUUGGGAAAAUGCGUUUAGAACGAGAACAAGAGAUUUAGCCAUGAUUAAAGCAUCAUUAUCAAUUAUUAAUGGCGUUUUAUUUGGAUUUGAUGCAAUGUUUACAUUUCGAGAUAAAUAAUAUAACUAAAUUCAUAUAUAUUAUAUAACAAAAUAUGCACUAUGGUUAUGCACUAUUAAGUGCCUCUAUGGCUUCUAUUAUUUUGAUAUACAUAUAUAUGUAAAUUAUAAAAACGAAUAUUGUUAUUUCCUACAAUUCAAAAAUGUUUUUUUUUUAAAUUUCAAUAAAAAUGAUUCGAAAC